GGGGUCCUCACCCAAGUUGGCUACCAAGUAAUUUGUAAGUCGCGGUUUCUUCUUUUGUUGAUGAUAGAGAAUUGCACCUGCCUAGUAAGUGGUUUUCCUUGUGCGAGAACAAUCUUCCUGAAAGUCAAAUCUGCAAUUUUUAUCGAAACCUCAAGAAUGUUUCCCGAAGAGCCUUCUUUUUAUACAAAUGACAAGCGACAAUUGUUGAUUGUUGAUUGUCUAGGAAUCAUCUAGACAGUCAAGAUGCGACCUAAUCGUCUCAAUUCUCGAGCAUCAUCAGCUACCCUAUCCCUCAGACGACAGCAAGAUAUCGCAACCUUAUUCGCAGAUGAUUCUAGUAUCGCCCAAAACUUACUACGAGGUCAAGUAAUCCCUAUCAGAAGAGCAUCCAUUAGAGCAUUUCCAUCGGAUCCAAAUAUUUCGUUAGCUUCACCAGGAGAUGGCCCUUCGAUCGCCGGCGAGCCUUCAGACAUAGUGCAUCAACCAAGGAUUCGACGCGGCCUUUGUAGCAGUAAUACCUGGACUUCCUCAAGUGCAGGGGGCGAGUCUGAAAACGACGACUUGGAUGAUCGCACACAUUUUAUAGAAGAAUUCAAUCGAUUGGCGGAUAAGCAUGGCGUACGGAAAUUUAUUCCCAGUGAGUACGAGGAUGUUCCUUGUAUCGAAGACGGACCCGAUAAACAUGGUAACUGGCUAUCCAGAAAGCUCUUCAGGCGGACAUCCUCAUCUCAGACGCCAGUUGUUAAAUCUAAGAAAGCAGAACGACGAGAUCUCAAGAAAAUGCGAAGCAUUAGCGAUUCGUUACGGCUGAAAGUCAGAAGAGACUCACUCAAGGAUAGAGAUCUGGUCGAACUUGUUCGUUUGUGCGGAUCAAGUCUGUUGUACCUUCCAGCCGAAUAUGCUGCGAGCAGCUUAACUUUACCUACUUGUAUUCGUGCUACAGCUCAAUAUUUGAUACAGCAUGCUCCUACCUCCCGUGGCGUAUUUCGUGUACCAGGAUCUCAACACACAAUCGGCCUCAUUUAUGAACAUUAUUGUUCGAAAGGAGACGAAGGACAUAUUGCCGGAACAGUAAGAUGUCCGACUUUACCAGACCAUAUUGACUGUGAUGUGCAUGACGUUGCAUCUGCAUUCAAGAGAUUUCUCUCUGGUAUCCCUGGUGGUAUUUUGGGGUCACUUCCAUUAUUCGACGCCCUCGUCUCUAUCCAAACACGCCUUAGGGGUGAUCCAGAGAUGACACGAACUAAGCAUAGUAAGGUUCGAGCGAGACUUAUUGCUUUGUCUAUCUCGACCUUAAGGUCAGCAUAUAGGCGGGAACUUAUCUGUGCAGUCCUGGGAUUACUCUGCAUGGUUGGUCGUGCAGCAGAGACAGCGCGAAGGGAAGACGAUCGGGGCAGGCCUCUUCCUACUUCAGAUCUUAUGGGCUAUAAACCACUGGGGAUUGUUUUUGGUCCCCUACUUGUGGGCGAUCUAAUGGACAACUACAAUAUUCGCUUGGCCAAUGGCCACGGUAGUCUGGUCCUCACUCCUCUGAGUCCACCAAAGACUAAGAAGGAAAGGAAAAAACAUAAAAGUGCAGAAGAAGGUGUCACUUUCAAUAAUUUAGUUGACAAAAUCAAAGUUGCCGGCGAAAUUACGGAAAUGCUCAUUACUCAUUGGCGUGAUGUAGUUCGCCAUAUGAAGAAUUUAGAAGCCCUCACAGCUGUUGAGGGAUGCAAAAUUACGGGCAUUCGGGGAAGAAAACCACCUGUUUUACGUCCUUCGAUGUCAGAAUCCUUCUCUUUACGGAAGCCUCCCGACUGGACAUAUGACAAACCCAACAAGAAUGUUGACAGGAGUCAAUCUCCAACGCCACCACAGCGCAGACCCUCACCUCGUUCGUGUCCAAGGCAUAGUAGCGGAGAUACUACUGACCAGCAGGCCACAGGACAGCAGGCACUUGAUGACUAUACGAACCCAUUGCAGUUUGAUGCCAUAUCAGUCACAAAACAACGAUCGCGCCGAAGAUUAUCAGCAGGAGAAGUUCUUAAGAAUGCAAAAUCUUCAAGUGCUCUUUCCACAGCUCUGGUAAAGGAGCAUCCCGAUGAGAAUGAUUUUGAAGAUAGUAAUCUGAGUCUCAAGCAAACCCCAAAAAGUAUUGAGCCGCCCUCAUCUAUCAGAAUUGGAAAAGAGAAUAAUCUAAAGAGUCCGGCCGUGGAACAUACUACUGAACUUCGUGUCAAAGGCAUUUUUCGAAGGCUCGAGAGCGAGUCUAUUGAAGCUGAGGAUCUGUUACCUGUCAUAGAUCUCAAGGAAUUGGGACAUAAUAAGACAUUGGACGCACAAUCAAGCUCACUAUCACCAGACGCGCGUUCGAAGAUGACAAAAACGACUAGCUCAUCCUCUCACUUACACGAUAACAACAAAAAAGAUAUGCAGGUCCCUGCGUCAAGUUAUCGUAACACCCCAUCCAACAGAGAAAAUCACAUCAAGUUUGCGCCAAGCACAUCGCAUGUCCAGGAUGACAAAGAUUCUCGAAGACGUAAAGGCUUUACAGGCUCUGAUUACUCCAAGGGAAAUAGUCCUAUCGAUCCUCUUUCUCGGGUCUCACAUGAGGAUGACCUAGCAUCCUUGGCUGUGCUGGGGCAGGUUCUGGAAUCGCCUGGUAUAUCGAUGAAGUCGGUAAAGUCUACCGAGAAACCUGAUAACCCAACAAAACAUGAUUCAGGUAUGGAUUUUCACGAGAAAAUAGAAUUGGAGAAACCUAGCACACCAAAAUUUUUACGUCCCCAACCAUCUCGCCAUAAUGUUUCUGAUACACCAAAAUCCGCCAAGAUUCAUGGGCACGAUGACCGAUCUGACAGUAAGAGUAAUCUUUCGCGAAAGUCUGAUUCUGCUGCACCUGUCAUUACAACAUUGGUGGAGCCUAAAGUUACACAAGCUAAAGGAAGACCUGCUCAUGAAACUGCUUCACCUGCUACCUUGUCAAAAGUAGCUUCGAUCAGAGAAAUGUUUCGAAAGCGGAAGUCUGACAGCCGAUCAUCAAAACCAGCCGAAGAUAACCAAAAGAGCGAACUUUCUAGGCCAGUCACAGAGCAUCACACGGAACCUCACUCACGAAAGAUUCCCACUCCCGAACCCACUCGAACACCCAAGAAGGUCAGUGUUAGGGCCAUGGCAGAGAAAUUCGAUAUUGUGAAGGCAACACCUCCUCCUCUAUCGUCACCAUCUCCAGCCAAAUCUACUAUUCCAGUAUCUACAGCAUCAGUCGACAACCGAAGAGGUGAGGGUGUUGUUUCGCCUUAUACUAUCAAUCCGCCACCAUCUCCAACAAGGUCAAUCGCGUCUUUUAAAUCCGGAAAAUCCAUUCGUUCUUUCCGUAAUACGGGCUUAGCUCAGCGCUUUCAGCAAGCUCAAGAACAUUCAUUGCCCACCAAAAUGCCAGCCCCAAAAAGAGUCUUGAGAGACUUCGUACCAGACCCUAUCCCACCACAAGUUAUAACUGAGAAUUCUCACGAAGACUCUGUAGCUUCAUUGAAACGUCCGCUUUCUACUGCCAAUUCUCUCACCGUUCCAUUGAAGCCAGUGGGACAACAACCACCUAUGCUGAUUAGAAAAGCUGGGAUGGAUGGCGCAUAUAGUAGUAUUGGUAAUUCUGACAUUUUGUCUUUAACAUCAUCAGAGUUUGAAGCCGCCCAUAGUUUUCUACAAUCGCAAUCACAACUUGCUCACGAUAUAACGCUUUCGAAGAAUACUUUGAUUGGUAGUAACACGGUCUUACACUCGCAAAUACGCAGUCUCCAACAACAGGUGUAUGAGAAAACUGAACAAGUACGACAAUUGCAACGACGAUUUGAAAUUAGAUCCAGCUCUGAUACUGAGCAUAUUGGAUUGGCGGAACAAUUGAGAGAAUCGAGAGAGGAGGUAGAGAUGUGGCGAAGAAGGGCUGAAGGAGCCGAGAGAAAGUUAGAGCUGAUGGACAUUGUUAAGGCUAGGAAUACUUCAAGGAUGGAAGAGCAACGAGGACUCAUCUAUCAGGCUAAGAAUGUUCAAGCUGAGGGUGACAUUGUCUCACAAGGAAGGGGAUACAGUGUUGAUGGCGGUACGAGGAGACUAAUUUUGAGACGGAGGAUGACUGGUACGAUGAGUUCGGAGGAUAGCACUGGGAGCAAUGGUACCGUUGUUAGAGAGAGGAGCGGAAGAUACGAGGAUGGAAGUGAAAUUUGUAUGGAUAUCAACCCGGAUGGAGUUAUACAUAAUGAUUGGGCAAACCAGACACUUUCCAUUAUAGAUGGUCUUAAAAGUUGGGAGGAUUGAUGAGUUGUAUUUUUGCUUUGAAGUUCCCCUUUGGUAACUGACAGGAAAAGCGAUGAGCUGAACAAGGGACGGAGCGAUGUGCGAUGCUAUCAGAAAGACUCCAAUUUUGUUUCCUCCUUGUAUUAUAUUCAUAUUUUCUUAGUAUGAGAGACAGGAAAUAGAACUUUUGAGGAGAAUUAUCACAAUAUCAUGUGGAUGAGACGGGAGUUAAUAUUCAUUUGUUUUAUAGAUAGAUAUUAGACGGGAAUAGCGAAAUUAUAUGUUAGAUAUGAGUUCAGCAUUCACUUAGAGUUUUUUUUUA